UUUUGUUGUCUGUUUACUCGACUUUUUGGCAAAUGCCAAACAAACUAAUUUUCGCUAGGAACAAACAAAUAAAAUGAGUGAGAUCAGGGGUGAAGAGAACCUCGAGAGGCUGCGCAACUAUAUUCUGCAUCCGGAACUUUCCCUUCACAAUCCGUUACCGGAUGUUUUGCCCCGAAAAUUUGAUGCGAUGCGCCUGUUGCAUGUGCCGCGCUGUCCGGGUAGCACCAAGCUGGCUCCUCGUAGGGAUCAGAAUGGCCAGAUACUUGAGUUCGUGGAGGUGGACCUAGAGGAUGUGGGCGCUAAUGCAAACAACUCGAUGUCCAUGCAAAGAGAACCGGGUUUGCUGGAAGAAGCGACGCGUGGCUCCCACUCUAACUUUCCUUUUUGGCCGGGUGGAUUUGACGAGCAGCGCCAGCAGAUCGCCGCCCUGGAUGUGGAAAAUUUCCAAUUCGGGGACAAGCUUUUAACAGUGCCACCAGGCUUUAGCGCUGGUUACGACUUCUCCAAAUCGCAACCUGUAUCCCUGCCACCUGUGGUCUCUGAUCACUCUAAUGUGGACUUACUGGAAAACCUAGAGCAGGAUCUGGACGUCCAGGAGUGGAUGAAGAUCACACGUACUGAGGAAUCAAGCUCUUCUGCAGUCUCUGCAGAUCCUAGCCAACAGAAAGUGCAAUUUCCCUCAGAGGAGUUCCAGGAUGUAGACGAUCAGAUCAUGAAGGCUGAUCUGAAACCUGUGCUCAACAUCUCCACCACCACGAAGAACUUUAAGAGUGACUGGGCCGAGAUGAUGGAUAUUAGCCAUCCGAUCAACGAUUUUAAGGAGCAAAUACCAUGCCCAGCUAUGGAGUUCCCGUUCGAAUUGGAUGUUUUUCAGAAGCAGGCCAUCCUCAAGCUGGAGCAGCGUCAGUAUGUCUUUGUUGCAGCCCACACCUCAGCUGGAAAGACUGUAGUAGCAGAAUAUGCUAUAGCCCUAUCUAAGAGAGAUCUUACCCGAACCAUUUACACAUCGCCCAUAAAGGCGCUAUCUAAUCAAAAAUAUCGCGACUUCCGGAAGACCUUCAAGGAUGUAGGACUCAUAACCGGUGACCUGCAGAUCGAACCCACAGCCUCCUGUUUGAUUAUGACCACCGAAAUCCUGCGCUCCAUGUUGUAUUGCGGUAGCGAAGUCACGCGAGAUUUGGAGUGGGUGAUCUUUGACGAGGUGCACUACAUCAACAACCCGGAGAGAGGUCACGUCUGGGAAGAGGUCAUUAUUCUCCUACCUGAUCAUGUCAAUAUCAUUAUGCUGAGUGCGACGGUCCCGAACACAAUGGAACUGGCGGAUUGGGUUGGAAGCACCAAGAAGAGAAAGGUUUAUGUGAUUAGUACUUUGAAAAGACCAGUGCCAUUAACACACUUCCUCUACACUGGUGCCGGGGGAAAGAGUCGUGACGACAUCUUCCUGCUGGUGGAUUCUCAAGGCAAAUAUCUUCAGGGUAACUACGAAAAGGCUGUGGAGCGCAAAAAGGAGAUGCAGGGCAAAGCCAAGGGCGGUGGAGGUGGUCCAAAUAACUAUGUGAAUGCUAAACAGGAGCAGUACACCUGGAUCGGACUAAUUGACUUUCUCAGGCGAAACAACAAAAUGCCAGUUGUUGCCUUUACCCUGUCACGAAAUAGGUGUGAUUCUAAUGUGGCCGCUCUGCAGUCGGUGGAUCUCAAUACCGAAAAAGAGAAAGGUGCAGUGCAGAAGUUCUUCCUGCAAUGCCUGGCCAAGCUAAAGCCACCGGAUCGCACUAUCCCCCAGGUCCUCGUGCUUAAAGAUGCCUUAGAGCGAGGUAUCGGCGUGCAUCAUAGCGGUAUCCUGCCGAUUCUCAAAGAGAUAGUGGAGAUGCUCUUCCAGAAUGGUCUGGUGAAGCUGCUCUUUGCCACCGAAACAUUUGCCAUGGGCGUCAACAUGCCCGCCCGCACCGUGGUCUUUGACUCUUGCAAGAAAUUUGACGGUCUAGAGAUGCGUAAUUUAAAACCGGGAGAGUACAUACAAAUGGCCGGCAGGGCAGGACGCCGUGGACAUGACGAGACGGGAACUGUGAUCAUACUGUGCAAAGGAAACGUGCCACCGUCGAUGGAGCUACGUCCAAUGAUCCUUGGCCUACCUGAGAAGCUACAAUCACAGUUCAUUCUGCGCUAUGCGGUGAUCCUCACAUGCCUGCGCAUUGAGAGUAUAAAGGUGGAGGAUAUCAUGCAGUUUAGUUUUAAGGAGUUCAACCAGAAGCUACAGUUGCCCACACAGCAGAAACAACUGCGCGUGGCCGAAGAUAAGUUCGCCAUGCUUCCAAAUCUCGGCGAGCACCUACAACCUCUCGUGAACUUCUACGACAAGGCAGUGGAGUAUUGGAAGGAGAAGCACCGUAUUAUGAAAUUCAUUGUAACCCAGGCCAAGAUCCAGAAGGAGCUGAAGGUUGGCCGCGUCAUUGUUAUCACCCAGGGCAAACACUACAACAAACUGGCCAUUUUACUCAACAUUAAAUCCGUCCCAGGCAAGGAUACUGUAUAUAAAGUACUGGUGUUGGACCAUCAGUUCAAGGCAAAAGAUAGCGACACUCUUCAGCGGGGCGAGCUCUAUUACAAAAUAAUCUCUCUCACGCCCAAUAACAAAAUAUUCCAGCCAGAAGGAAUUGGAGGACACACUGUUCUCGACAUUAAGGCCACGGACAUUAUAAGCAUCACCAAGAGCACAAUAAAAGUCGAUGCAGAUGUAAUUAUCCGAAAUUGGGAACAACGGCAGCUGGAGCGCUUUAAGGAUACUCCACCAGGUGGAUCCGUUGUCAAGGCUGUAACUGAUCUUUAUCAAUUGAAUGAGAGUCACAUUGCCAACCCGGAUAACAUCAAGUACGUUAACCUGUCCAAGGAGAUAAACGUGAAUGCCGACAGCGAGGUAGCAAUGUUAAACUACGUAGACCACCUUUGCCGCCAAGUGGGUGAUUUGCUGCCUCAUACCAACAUCGCCGGUUUCGAGCAGGAGUUUGCAAAGGUCUACGAGCGCCGAAUGCUAGAGAUCCACAUCGAAGAGCUGCGCUUCAAGAACUCAGCUAAAAGCUUGACUCUCUAUCCGGAUUACUGCAACAAGCUGCAAGUUCUUCGGGCCCUUAAAUACAUAGAUGAACUGGAUGAGGUAACACUCAAGGGUAAGGUUGCCUGUGAGAUGGGCCAAAAUGAACUUUUGAUCACGGAGCUUAUUCUGUGCAACAUGUUUAACGAUCUCGAGCCGGCUGAGAUAGCCGCACUGCUCUCGGGCCUUGUCUUCCAGGCGAAGAUCCAAGGCGAACCGGUUAUACCGGAGCCGUUGAAGAAGUGUGUGGCAGCCUUUGAGCAAAUCAACGAUACAAUUCUUGCCGAAGAGCAGCGCUUCCAGGCUGCCAUCGAGGCCGAAAACCGUCUUAACUUUGGUUUGCUUGAGGUGGUAUACGAGUGGGCCAGGAACAAGCCCUUUGCUGAGAUUAUGAAACUGACCGAAGUUCAGGAGGGCAUCAUCGUUAGAUGUAUCCAGCAGUUGGACGAAACUCUGCGUGAUGUAAAAACGGCCGCCAUACGAAUUGGCAAUCCUGGACUGCAGUCCAAGAUGGAAGAGGCGUCGGCUGCCAUUAAACGCGAUAUUGUGUUCACUGCAUCCCUUUACACGGAACUGUAGGCUUUGAAUAAGAAGGAUGCCCAGCCAUCUAUCGUUAGAGGAAAGACAAGAUAUAUAUGUGAUUUCUUAUAUCUAUACUUUAUGCACGUGUCAAUUACAAUUCCAAAG